CAUCGAGCAUGGCCCCAUAUCUCUUCCCCUAUCCAACCACGGGCCCAGUCACGCUGUCCAAUGUCUUCAUCGACAGACAGCUGGCGUACACAACAGAGCUGGCCGAGGCCACAGUCGCACGGACACGGCUCCAGAUAGCGCUGAAAGCGGCCGCUGGCACCGAGCCCGGAUCGUCGGCCCUCGCUGUCCUCGAGGCGGUGCAGGUGUACCAUCCCUACCUGCGCGGCAUCAUCGCCUGCCUCGACACGGACGACCUCUUGGUCAAGGGCGAGCUUUCCUUCCCAUGGAAAUCGUCCCUCACGGCGAGCUUGACCUCUGGCGCACUACUCUCGCUCCCUUCCAUCCAGGCCGAGCACUUUUAUGUCGUCCUGACAUAUAGCAUUGCGCUGGCAAACUACGCCCACGCGAUCCUUCACGCCCUCCCCCGGUUCGAGGUGGAGCCGGGAUCCAAGGCCGUGCCAAACAUUACGGUCGAGGACGCGCAAAAGACCAACGCGGGGUUGACACGCGCGGUUGAUCUCUUGUCCCAGGCGAGCGGGGUUGCGGACUGGGCUGCGAUUCACGUGUCGCCAGGCCUCGAGCCGGCACGGCAGGCAACUGGUGGGCGUUUAGGCAGAUCAAAAUGGCCGGUGGAGACUGGACCUGAGGCCUUCCGAGCCAUCUCAAUGGUUCUCCUCGCAGACGCACACGUCACUGCUAUCCGAAAGCUCCUGCUGCCUGUGCUCGCCCACCAGCUCUUCGCUCCACCCGGCCCUCCUCUCCCGUCCAACCACCCCUCCGCGGGGCUGCUGUCCAAGCUUUACCUCUACGUUUCAGAGCUGUACACGUCCUCCGCGGCCCUGUUCAAGGUGCACGAGGCGACGCGUACGAGCGGCGGCGGGCGCAAGCUGUUCAGCAAGAAGGAGCGUGAGGUGCCAGAAACAGAUGCUGCGGACUCGGAGGUCAUCCCUGAGCUCAAGCGCUAUCUUCGGAAAGAGGCGCUGCUGUCAUCUGCGCUGGCGUACAAGUGGCUGGGCGUCGACGCAGGCGAGAACGGCAAGGGCAACAAGGUUGGCGAGGCGGUCGCGUGGGUCAAGGAGGCUCAGUCGCGGCUCAGUGAGCUCGAGGACGGCAAGGUCGCCGACCGCAUGAAGGGGCUCAGCCUGGGCAAGGGGAGCGAGAGGAGAAAAGAGGCGCGCAAGGUGCGCCAGGGGCGUGUGGACCGCGAGCUUGCCGACAUUGCGGCGUGGAUCACGGCCUACACCAAGAUGAACGACACGGUCGCGUUCCAGCCCAUCCCUCCGUCGUCGUCGCUCGUCGUGCCACCUGGGCGGCCAAUCUUCUCGGCUAAGGCGUUCACCCCGCCGCCGGCCAAGUUUGCCCCGCUGGAGCGCUUGAGCGACGACAGUGUGCGCAAAGUGGAGACGGAGACCAAGCAUGAGGAGGCCGCGUAUGCGGGCAAGGGAAGCUACUUUUAAUAUGCAUCGGGGUGUGGGCGGGGCUCGACACUGAACGAGCAUUUUCUACUGAUCAACACUGACACAGACGCAUAUACGAUUCACAGACGCGCGUCGAACUCGGGAGACUUUUUGAUACAGACACACAGUUAACGCCACUCAAAGACGCGUGUUGAACUCGAUGUGGCCGCUCGCGUUGAGAAGGAAGCCAGUGGGCUUGCCGCCGGGGAGGUAGUGCGGGUCGGUGCCAAACUGGGCGAACGGGAAGCCGGGGUUGAACGGCGACGACUCGUCGAGGAACGCGACCUGGGCGUCGGACAGCUUGAUCUCGAGAGCCUUGGCAUUGUCCUUGAGCUGGUCGACCGACGCGCCACCAACAAUAGGGUACACGUUGGGGACCUUGGCGCGCGCCCACGCGAGCGCCACGCCGGCAGGCGAGGCGUUGUCGCCAACCUCCUCCGCGACCUUGAGGAGCGCAGCGGACAC